AUGGACGAGUGCCAAGACCCGAGAGCGCUGGGCCCGCAUCUCCGAACUUCGACUUCACCUCGUCCCUCCGGCUUCAAUUUUGCUUCUCUGAUCCCAGCCACUCAACAACCACUCAGUGGGACCGGCAUUGCCCUCCCACCCACAUCGCAAAACCCCGACCGGUCGUCAACGACCUCCUCCUACAGCCAUGUCUGCCCCUCUGUUCUGGUCGACCCCCUCCGCUAUAUCCGCUGGGCUGCGCACGAGAAGCCAGCUAUCCUCGCCGCUCUGUGCAUCGGCGUCAUGGGUCCCAUCUCGCUGGCGACUAUUCCUCCCAUCCGCCACGCCCUCGGUGACGUCGACCCCGAGCCUAUUCCUCUGACAUAUCCCAUUCCGCAGGGUCCGCGGGUGAUCCCCAAGGGCUACGAUGACGAAUAAACGGGUUCGGAACUACGAAAAUGUCAAGUUAGAGAGAAUUUCGUGUAUUGUCCGAGCCUGGGAGGAAUAAAUUCAGCGGAUGGCGGGAGAUGAGUUGGCUGUGCCACUGGACUGAUGAACAAGUCCCAUCGCAUCAGUGUGGGCAAUUGUUC